AUGUCGAAUCUUGUCCAUGUCAAGAAUGACGCGCGGCCCCGUGCAGAGACUGCCGAGUCAAGAGAUGCGGAAGUCGUCUUAGAGGAGCACCAGGCUCAUGGGACUGUGCAGUUGCUUCGAGGCGGCUCGGUGGUCUUGAUUCCAACCCCAAGCCCGGACCCCAAAGAUCCUCUCAACCUACCAACAUGGCACAAAUACCUCUUCAUCUUCAUUGUCGGCGCCUACUCGGCCAUCGCCGUGCUCGUCCCCACCGGCUUGGGCACCGUCUUCCCGUCCGUCCUGAAAGAGUAUCCGCCAGAAGAUGCAUCGCGAGCCACGGACCUCCUUACGUUCCCGACGCUGUUCAUGGCCAUCGGCAAUCUGUUCUUAAUGCCGCUCAGCGUCGUCCUGGGAAGACGUCCCGUCUUCCUGGCGUCACUCGUUCUCCUCGUGGCGUCGGGCCUGUGGUGUGCCUUUUCCGGUUCGUUGAGUAGUCAUAUCGCCGGUCGCAACAUCUACAGCCUCGCCGCCGGUCAGAGUGAGGCCUUGGCUCCGCUCAUCAUCGAGGAGAUGCACUUCCUCCAUGAGAGGAGCGCCAAGCUGUCGUGGUUCGUCGGGGUCCAAACCGUGGGAACGGCCGCCAUGUUCGUCGCCACGGCCUCUAUUGUUCCUGCGUGGGGCAUCAAGUGGUGGUACCUCAUCGCGACGUUCAUCAACGCCGCAGUUCUUGUCUUGGCCUUCUUUUUCGUCGUCGAGACCAAGUUCGACCGGCCGAGGGGUGCGGACAAGGGUGUCGUCCACCCGAGACUUGAUCAAAACGGCAACGUCAACAUCAACGGCGACACAGAGAUGGUGGUUAAGGUGCUGACCCGGGAAACCCACAUUCCGAAACCCCAAGUUUUUGGGCCGCGGACAUGGCGCCACGACUUAAGGAUAUUCCACUUCAGGCCAGACUGGAGCCAAGCAGUCGCCUUCUACAAGGAGACGGCCCAGUCGCUCUGCUUGCCAAGCAUCGUGUGGAUGCUCUUGGUGAAUGGGGCAUUCCUGGGUAUCUAUGUCUACCAGGCCUCCACGUUCGCCACUAUUUUGAUGUCUCCUCCGUAUCUCUUCCAAUACAGCUGGCUCGGUUAUGUACAGCUGGUGCAGGUUUUGGACUGCGUUCUUUUCGUGCCGCUUCUCGGGUAUGGUUCCGACAUGGUGGUACGGGCACUUAGCAAAUGGAGAAACGGCACAUUUCAGCCCGAGUACCGACUCAUCAUUCUAAGCGUGCCGGUCCUAUCGGCCAUCCUAUCGUGCGUCUUUUUCGGACAGGCGGGUGCGUACCCUGACCUCUGGCAUUGGAUGACCAUCGUAGCCCCAUACAACCUUGGCUUCUUUUCGUUCAUGGGGGCCAAUCUCGUUGGCAUCACGUACGUCGUCGACAGCUUCCCGAGUAAGGCCGGGCCGCUCCUCCUGGUGCUCUGCGCCGGCCGCGGCUUCAUCUCGUUCGGACUCAGCUACUCGACUAUCCCGCUAAUUAACUUGAUUGGGUAUGAUGGCGCAAUGGGAAUAUUCGCAAUCAUUUCCGGGGUUCUUGGGGCCAUAGCCUUUCCGGUGUAUUACUUUGGCGCUCGUAUUAGGAUGUGGGCUACGAAGAAUCUGUGGCCGGAGAUUGCUCAGUAA